GUAGCGAGUCAAAAACAACCGUCCUGGAGACCACCGCUGCUGGGCGGUGAGCACAAAUGAAGAAGACGGCCUCACAAAGCGCUGCGUCUACCUGUACGCCAUUCACCACGUCGGCGGGUUCACUUAUCAACCCGAGCUCCAAGUCGCUCCAUCGAGGCCACCUCGACUGUUCCCUGCGAUCAUCAGGCCACAAACUUGUGGCUGCACCCGGGCCACCUGGAAUGCAGCUACGGGAAUGUAUCUCCUUCCUCAGACCUAUGCAACGACGACAAAGGCCAAAAGUGAGAAAUAUCCCGAGGGCUUUUUCCCGUCGGUGUAUUUUGGCAGGCGUGGCAUCGACAUGCGCACGCUCACGGUGGAGAACCGGACGGACACGAUCCCGGAUGGAUUGGCCACUCCGUUCCAAAACUCUUUCGAGAAGUUUCCAGAAAGCAAGAAGAUUCCAGAAAGCAAGAAGAUCAAGGUCAGGGUCCAGUGGCCCAACCACGAAAAGGCUAGAACGGAGGUCGCACAGGACGUUCAACUCUUGACCAAGACUGGCCAUAUCACCAGUAUAGAGCUCGCACGGGCGGUCGGUGGCAUCGUCCGGAAGGCGAUGGACAAAUGCUACGCCGAUCGCUUAGAGUCACCGCCAGAUCACCGCUGUUGGGGGAUGGCCACGGUCAAGAAGUACGGCUUAACCAAGGAAUGUAUCUAUUUGGUCAGUUUGCAUCACGUCGCUGGGAUCACCUACCAGCCCGAGCUCCACAUCGCGCCGUCCAUGCAACCGCACCUGUUUCCUACUUUCCGCGAGGCUACAUACAAGGAGCUUGUUCAAGCCGGCAAGGAGCGUCUAAUCGAGCUAACCCCGGGGCAUAGGUAGACCUUACCUCCCUCCAAGCCACAGUUAGGUGCGCUGGCUAGCGUAUUUUAUGGUAGCUCGGACAUGUCCCCCAUUUGUGUAUAUACUGUAUCAUAGCCCCUCUAUGCUCCAUGCAAUGCCAAUGCCCUCCCACGGUG